GUUACAGGCAAGUCGCGUUCGCGGAGAAGGUGGUUGGGGUGGGAAACUGGUGGUAUUUGUCUGGUGAAGUGAUCGGAUCUGAGAGAGUUUAUCUAGUGAAGAGAUCAGAUCUGAGAGAGAGAGAGAGAGAGAGAGAGAGAGAGAUGGUGAGUGGUUCAUCAUCUCCUAGCCGUCGUGAAGUAGUGGUGAGAUGCUGUUUGGUGGUAUUUGCUGUAGCUUCAGCUCUGUUCGUUUCAGGUCCAGCUUUGUAUUGGAAGUUUAAGAAGAAUGGGAUUUUAAGAUUGAGUGGUGGUGGGAAUGGCCCUUCUUCUUGUGGGCCAUGUGUAUGUGAUUGCCCUCCUCCUUUGCCUCUUCUCAAUAUAUCACCAGGGCUGCUCAACCUUUCUGUUACAGAUUGCGGGAGGGAUGAUCCAGAUCUCAAUGUGGAGAUGGAGAAGCAGUUCGUGGACCUUUUAACAGAGGAAAUGCAGUUGCAGGAGGCUGUUUCUAAGGAAUAUGCCAAUCAUAUGAACCUCACUUUCAUUGAAGUGAGGCGACUUGCUUCCCAGUACCAAAAAGAGGCCGAGAAAUGCAACACGGCAACCGAGACGUGCGAAGGGGCCAGGGAACGAGCUGAGGCAGCAUUGACAAAGGAAAAGAAGGUGACGGCUGCAUGGGAAAAACGGGCCCGCCAGCUCGGGUGGGUAGGAGAGUAGAUCGGAUGGACAGCUUUGCUCAAUCAGAAUUUUCCGGUCCAGGGCUUAUUAUUUAUCAAUCCACUUCAGCUGUAAUUUUCUUGUUGCAGAAGUAGAUGUAUCACUCCAUAGGGUAUCCAUACAGAUGCAUACAACCCAGUUAUUUGAGAUGAGAAAAUUGUUCCGAAAAUGCCCAUGUAACGUUGCCAUAUUUACAAAGGACUUGUUAGACCCUGUAAAACUAGAUGGAUUUGAUUAAAAAGAAUUUGUACUAGUUUGAUAUU